CCUUGUCAUGGCUAACGUUAGCAUGCCCGACAUGGACAGUUUUUCAUUCUUGCACGUGCUCCUUAAGAUGAAAAUUGUUGUCAUUUUUAUGUCAUCAGUGAUGAACUUGGACGUGGCUACGAAAGCAUUGGCUGAAGGAGCGUGUUAUUUUCUUCAGAAACCUAUUUCCAAGGAUGAUCUCAAAUAUGUAUGGCAACACGUGUAUCGAAGGAACAGAAACAUAUCAAAGCUAAACCAUGAAGCAAAUUGCGUAGAAAAAGCCAAAUAUGGAAAAGAAUCUGUCGGCAUCCAAAACGACGACACUGUUGUUUUGUCUCAGCCCACCGAUGAAGUUAGUAUUAAUAAUAACGGUAGUAUUAACUAUCAACUUAUGAGCUAUAAAGAAGAAGGGCAGAAUCAACCAACUAAUUCCCAUGAUACCCUAGUUGCUUCAUACUUCGAAGGAAAGAGAUUAAUGGAUGACAUAGAAGGAACAAGCAAGGAGAAGAGAGUUAUAUAUUACUCAACGCCUACCAAUUUUGGAGAUACAAGAAUUGAUGAGGAUAAUAGAAGAAUGAAGGAAUAUUAUAUUUCUAGUGAUAACAGAUCACGUGUCGUUUGGAAUGUGGAACGACGUCGCAAAUUCUCCGACGCUCUCAACAAGCUAGGAGAUAAAUGUCGUCCAAAACUUAUACUGAAAUUGAUGAAUGAACCAUCCUUGACACUGCGCCAGGUAGCUAACCACCUGCAGAAAUACAAAGCACAAGUAGAGUCCAUGAAAAAGGGGAGAGAAAAUAAAUUAGCUCCAAGGAGGGAAGCUUCCAAAUUCAAUUUCUCAGUCAGGACUCAACUUCCUCUUCCGUUGGUACCAAAGCACCCUCACGAUGAGGCAAACAGCUCUACAAAGGGAAGUUUAACCUCUUUUAUAGGAGGGGAAAGAUUCCGACUUAUUGCUCCUAAACCUGUGCCUAGUCCUAAACUGCCUGUUAGCGCCAACUUUGCAAAUCAUGGUCUCAUAAUGCUUGGCCAAAAUUUUCAACCUGUUGAUUCAAACUACAAUUCAGUUCCAUAUAUCAUCAAUCAGACAACUCCAAAGGUAACUUCUUCUUGUGUAUUUGAUGAAACUCAGUUCUCAGAUAAUCAUCUUGAUGUAGUACAGCAAGAUUUGACUACUUUCAAGAUUGAAAACCAAGAAGCAAUGGGAUGUAAUGGCACUUCAGAAGGGAUUCAGUUGAUGUCAAACAACAUGGCUUUUCCUGAUUCAACCAACUUGGACAAUAUUGCUGCAAAUUUUGGAAAUGAAGGAAGCCAACAACAAUCAGCCGAAUUUGAUUAUCUCUUAAAUUUUUUAGAAGAUGAUCCACACGAGUUUGACAGUGACUUAAAUCUGAGUGACGUAGAUAAGUACAGCGAGUGGCUAAAGAACACUGUUCUUGAAAAUAGAAGCGGUCCAGACAGCUUUCUUGGUGACAGUGCAGAAAACUUUUCAACUGAAAACACCCAAUAAAUAGGUAUGUUUUAUUUCUCUAAUGUUCUCGAGGUGUUUAGAAAUGUACAUGACUGAAAACUCGCCUAAAACUCUACAUAUUUUGCAAUGUUAAUUAUGUUGUAACU